UUUGUUGCUAAAAUGGCUUUUAAGCAUCGAAGAAAAAGUUUUGAGAAUACCUGUCCUUCUCUUCUAAAGACGAAUAUUAAAGAACGGUACUGUGAAAGAAGGUACAAGGAAUACCUGAUGGAUCCUGAUGAAGAUGAACAAGAUAAAGACGAAGAAGAAUAUAGUGGAGAUCUUGACCAUAUUUUAGAUGAUGAAGACUCAGAUAAAGAGUUUCAAAUACUACAAUCUUCAAAAUUGUCCAUGGUCUCAAAAAUAAAAUCUCAUGCUUUGAAUAUUUUAAAUAACAAUAGAUUCUUACUCUCAAGACAAGAAAUAAUGAGUAUUCCAUUAUAUAAAAACUUCGUAAAUAAAGGUAUUGCUGAAAUUUGAGAGGAGGAAAAGGAAGAAUCUUCUCCAUCACCAAAAGCUUCCGCUCUCCCUUGCCAAGUGUUCUAUCCAGAGAUAACAGAUGCUCCUGAUUGCUUGAAACUGAAAUAACAAACGUAGAAGGAUGAAGAGAAAACUUAGAAGGCUCAAAGUGAUUGACUGCCUUAGUGAUACUAACGCAUAAUAGUACUCCUGUAGGGUUUUUCCGAUACCCUGGUGAAUUCAACUUCAGCUAUUUUUACUAAUUCAAUUGAAUUUU